AUGGCAUCCAAUCCUCCACAUAAACAAACAAUGCUCCUCAGCAAAAGAAUAUCCACCUUCUUACAAAACAAUAUAUCACCACAUCUUCAUACACUAAUGCUCCUGACACCAACCGGCAAACUCCUCAGUACCUCAUCAACUUCCCCAGCAUCAGUCUUACGUCACCAAGGGACACUCGCCUUAUCACUGUGGACACUCUACUCACCAUUUCCUUCGCGAACCGUGUCAGAUGCGCUGCCAUCCAAUGGCUCUACCUCAAAUGGCCAUGAUACCAAACCUCGAGAAACCAAAAGUAUAUUAAUACAAAUGGAAUUCGGCAUAAUGGUAAUACGAAGACUAGCCUGUGGAUUAUUAUUCGUGGCAAUAGGGCCAGGACCCAGUGUAUCAGGAACAACAACACCGCAGAUCCAAAGAGAGGGUUUAAUAUCAAUAUCGCAACCGGGAUCACCGGAUGAAGGACAUGAGAGGGAAAUUAUAAGGAAUGGAGAGGGAAGUGAGACGGGGAGUUUGAGGAGUGCGAGGGGAGGUGGAGUGGGUAUUAUGGGUAUGAGGAGACAGGCUGAAGAGUUGGGGAAGUGGUUGGAGGGGGCAUUGGAUGGAUUGAAAUUGAGUCCUGCGGAUCGAUAA